CUGAGAAUUGCUACCAGUCAGCAUGCCCGCGGCUACAACGUCAGACAUCAUCCGUUCCACUCCCGUUCCACAGACUACAGCCUCACUACACAGCAUGGCGUCCAUUCAGACAGCCAGCCCACUACACCAUGGUGUUGUUGAUGCAUCUCAGGCUGGCCACGCCCACUUUGAUGACAGUGUCCUUCAAAAGAGUCAGCUCAGUAAAAAAUCGCACAAACGGAAGUCCCGGGCUACAGCCAACUUGUAUGCAACAAGAUAUGAAGUCGUACAUGCAGUUGUGGAACAAGCUGGUAUGCAGGUUUCCAAAGAAGAUGACCCCAAAUGUUACCUGAUCUGGAGUGACAGUUUUGUACAGAAUGAGAGAAUAGCAGAACUCAAGUCUUACCAGAGACUCAACCACUUCCCUGGGAUGGGGGAGAUUUGUCGCAAGGACUGUCUAGCAAGGAACAUCUCAAAGAUGAAUCGGAAGCGCCCAGAGGAGUACAACUUCACCCCUCGGACAUGGAUCUUCCCAGCAGAGUACUCCACCUUCCAGACUUACACCAAAGAGCUCAGGAAAAGGAAGAAACAGAAGACUUUCAUUGUCAAGCCUGCCAACGGUGCAAUGGGAAAUGGGAUAUCCCUGUAUCGCAAUGGAGAAAAGAUACCACAGAACGAACACAUCAUCGUGCAAGAGUACAUGGAUAAGCCCUUCCUGUUGGACGGCUACAAGUUUGACCUGCGUGUGUACGUCCUGGUGACGUCCUGCGACCCUCUGCGCGUGUUCCUGUACCAGGACGGCCUCGUCAGGAUGGGAACGGAAAAGUACCACGCGCCGACCGAUGGCAAUAUUGAUGAGCUGUGCAUGCACCUGACCAACUACUCCGUCAACAAGCGCAACGAGAACUUCCAGAAGGACGAGGACGUGAGCAAAGGCAGCAAGCGCUCCAUCCGCUACCUCAACAACUUCCUCAGCAAGAACGGCUACGACGUGCCCAACCUCUGGUUCAACAUCCAGAACCUCAUCAUGAAGACGCUGAUCGUGGCAGAGCCCCACGUGCUGCACGCGUACCGGAUGUGCCGGGCGGGAAGCCACGCAGGAAACGAGAGCGUCUGCUUCGAGGUGCUUGGCUUCGAUAUCUUUCUGGACAAGAAACUCAAACCCUGGGUUUUCGAGGUAAACCGUUCCCCCAGUUUUGGCACUGAUGAAAAGAUUGACUACGACAUCAAAAGCGGUCUCCUUGGAGAUGCCAUAAAACUAAUGAAUAUCAGGGUGUCAGACAAGAGGAAGAGCAUCAGUGCUGAGAGGGCGGAGGCUGAGAGGAGACUCCUGGGGCCGACCAAGAGACCAGAACACCACAGCAGUAAGGAGGAUCGUGGGGACAGGCACAGGAAAAUCGCUAUCGACAAGAGAAAAGAAGAACUGAAACAGUACCUGAACAUGAUUCGCCUGGAUCGCAAGCGAGAGGAGUACGAGAACAGACACAUGGGAGGCUUCAGGAGGAUCUUCCCCACGGAGAACAAGAGCCAGCAGGCACAGUGGACACAGCUGCUGGACGAUGCCUUUCAGCUGUUCCUGUCAGGGCGGGCGCCUGCGCUACAGAAGGACAUGACUCGGGCGUACAGUCAGUACAAGGAAGCAGAGAUUCUGGACAUGAUAGAGCAGUGUGAAGAAGACAGUGUCUCCCUGAUGGCACCUCUAGUCCCCAGAGGACCCAAGCAGUUUGGAAAACGCCCCUAUCUUGAAGAACUUGUGAAACAGCGCUUGUCGUCGAUGCCGACCGCCGACGUUCCCCAGCCCUCCGGAGAGGACACAGAGGACACGGGUGAUGAGGCCAUGUGGGAGAAAAACUCCCCUCCAACAUCCCCCAGCUUCAGGAGGAGACAGCUAUCUAACGGGCCUCCUCAGAGGAGUCGUCCUACCUCGUCCUUCGCACACAGAUUAUCGUCAGAAACUCGGGAGCACAGGUCAACAAGCCGGCCGCUGUCUUCCAAUCAACUGGGGAAGCAGUCUACGGGGUCUCAGCCCGUGGUACAGCGAACUCGGUCACUCACGCGUCCUCUGUCGGCUACAAAAAGGAUCAUCGCCAACCACAACAAGGAGACGACUAACGUGAAGAGUGAGCGUGAGGAGCAGCUGACUAAGCGCACCCUGACCGCGCUCACCGACAUGAGGAUCAAGUUUCCUGGGAAGACAGAUGAGGAGGCCGACACGGUGCUGGACGCAAUUGAGAGUAACUGGAAGUACCACAAGCCCAGAAUAGCCUCCUAUUGGCUGGUCAAACUGGACUCCAUCAAGAGGAGGAAGGUCAUUGACAUCGUCCGGAUGAACAUCCGGGCCCUCCUGCAGCGCGUGUGGCACCUGAAUGAUGUGGAUAACCUGGCGCUGUAUCGUAUCUUCUGCCGCGUGUUCAACCGUCUCCUGUGGAGCCACGGGCAGGGCCUGUGGAACUGUUUCUCCACAUCACAAUGCUCGUGGGAGACGAUCUUCAGUAAGAGCACGGACGUGAUCUCUCCGCUGGAGAUGAGCUGCUGUCGGCGGAUCGUCCAGCUGUGCAGACAGUGCCUCCUCAUCGUGUACCAGUUCGCUGCCGAGACCAAGAACGCCGUGGCACCUGAGCCAGUCAAAACAAGGACAUACCCAGGGAAUGAGGCACCCAAAUACACUACCUGGAACAACGGUAACGGUGCAAUAGCUCAGCGACCAGUCCGACCUGGGCACCCACUCCAGGCACCCCAGCCAUGACUCCACUUUGGGUGGACCUGUCUAUUUUUUUGGGGGAAGGAAUCCUUUUUUUUUUACUGGAUUCUUAGAUUUGAUAAACUAAGUGUUACACUUGCUGGAUGGUUCCCUGUCAAUAAUUCAAAUAUAUUAUAUGGUGAUGAAUUUCGUUAGACUUCUAGAUGAUAAUACUUUACACGCAAAUUUUCUCUCAGGGCAAUUUACAUGACACUUGUCCAUAUUAGCAAAACCGACAUUGAUAAGGUAGAGUUGAUAUACAUGUAUUGUAUUGUAACUUGA